AUGUCGGACCCCCAGAAGUACACGGUCGGCUGGAUUUGUGCCGUCACCACCGAAUUUGUCGCCGCGCGAGCCCUUUUUGACGAGAAACACGACCAACUCGAAACAAUCGCCGAUAGUGACAAUAAUAACUAUGCUCUGGGGAAAAUCGGGAAGCACAACGUUGUCAUGGCUGUCUUGCCUAAAUCUGAGUAUGGCACGACCUCCGCCGCCACUGUGGCAAGGGACAUGCUGCGCAGCUUUCCAAACAUUCGUUUUGGAUUGAUGGUUGGCAUCGGCGGUGGUGCUCCAAGCGCAAAGCACGAUAUACGACUUGGCGAUGUUGUAGUGAGUGCCCGCGGCAAUGGGAAAGGCGGCGUGUUCCAAUAUGACUAUGGCAAGGCGAUUCAGGAGCAUGCGUUCGUGGCGACAGGGUCCUUGAACCAGCCGCCGCAAUUGCUUCUGACAGCAUUGAACGGACUCGAGGCUGAAUUCGAGCUGGAAGGGCAUCAGCUCAGCGCCCACAUUGAUAGGGCAUUGGAACAAUGGCCCCGCCUACGACAGAAGUAUUCUCGGCCACCCCCAGCCAGCGAUAGACUCUACUGGCCUGAUGUUGUCCAUCCGGACUCGUCGAAAGAAUGCGACGACGUGUGCAGCGACGAUCCCGCUUGCUUGGUGUAUCGAAAAGAACGGGGCGAGCAGGAGGAUGACCCUGCCAUCCAUUAUGGGUUGGUCGCUAGCGCAAACCAACUGAUGAAGGAUGCACUUGCUCGAGACAAGCUGGCGGCUAGUAUGGAUGUCCUUUGUUUCGAGAUGGAGGCGGCCGGCUUGAUGAACCACUUCCCGUGUUUGGUGAUCCGCGGAAUAUGCGACUACUCCGACUCGCACAAGAACAAGGUGUGGCAGGGCUUUGCGGCAAUGAUGGCAGCGGCGUACGCGAAGGAUCUCCUACGCCAGAUUCCUCCCAACAAGGUCGAGGCUGAGAAGCCCAUUAGCGAAGUCCUCAGUUCUAUCGAAUCCAUAGGAAAUGAAACCAGACAUGCGGUGAUGAGCAUGGCAUCUGACCAUCGUUUCGCCAAAAUCGACCGCUGGCUGUCCCCGCCAGAUUCUUCAACCAAUGCCAACUUGGCAAGAAAACAACGUCAUCCCGGCACUGGGGCCUGGCUUCUAAACAGUCCUGUCUUCCAGGAAUGGAAACUUGGGACACGUCAACAUCUAUGGCUCUAUGGUCUGGCAGGAUGUGGCAAGACCAUUCUAAGUACGACGAUUCUUGAUCAUCUUCUGCGAAUAGACAACCACACCACGCUUACCUUCUUCUUCGACUUUAGCGAUCCCAGGAAGCAGAAACUGGAGAAUCUCCUACGCUCGCUGGCAGUUCAGCUUUAUCAUACCGGGAACGAAGCGGCGAAAAGACUUGAUAGUCUUUUUACUUCCCAUGAUGAUGGACGGAGACAACCAGAUGCGAAUGCCUUAUCAGCCUGUGUUGACGCAAUGAUACAAAAUGCUGGAACAGUUUUCAUUGUCAUUGACGCUCUAGAUGAGUGUACAGCGAGGGAAGAACUGCUGCAAUGGCUGAAACAUGUAGCAUCCAGGAAGGCCCAGCUCAUCGUCACUAGCCGGCCUGAAGCAGACUUUCAACGGGAGAUCCCUCGCUUGUUCGAUGAGCGUAACUGUGUCUUACUUGACAAGCAGGCUGUCAACGCUGACAUACGCUCUUAUGUUGAGGCAACGCUUGAGCAGAAGCGUGAUUUCGUGGAUAAGAAGUUACCUCCAAGUAUUCUAGAGGAGAUUCGUGACAAAAUCGGGGAUGGAGCCGAUGGGAUGUUCAGAUGGGCAGCUUGUCAACUUGAUAGCCUUGCUCGGUGUUUAAGUCCAAGAGAUAUUAAGAUAGCUCUUAAAUCUUUGCCCCGCGAUCUCAAUGAGACAUAUCGCCGCAUGGUCCAAAACGUACCGUCGGAAUACAAGAGCAGCGCAAUUCGUCUCCUGCAAUUUCUCGUCUACACCAAGAGGCCUCUGACGCUAGCAGAAGCUAUCGAAGUGAUAGCUACCGAGAUAGAUCGAGAACCUCGGGGCUUCGAUGUUGAUGGCAGAUUAUCUCUGAAAGACGAUAUCCUACGAUACUGCCCCAGCUUGGUGAUAAUCGCCGAAGUCACGAACUACGCUGAGACCGUAGAGGAACUUCAUCUUGCCCACUUCUCUGUCAAAGAGUAUCUUCUUGAGCAAGCCCAAUUCAACCUCGAAAACGCCAGCAUUGCUAUCUCCAAAACUUGUUUGACAUACCUCACCGAUAUCAGGGGCAGUGACAGCACGAUCAGGCGUAAUUUUCCGAUGGCACUGUAUGCAGCAAAGUCCUGGAUGGACUACGCCGUUUUAGCCGAGACUUCUGAAGACAUCGUCCGAACCACGGUUAACUUUUUACGGGACGAGACAACAUUUCGACGGUGGUGUCACUUAUACCAGGCCGACCGCAGAUGGGAGGGUGAACCAGGACCUCCUAGAGCAUCCAGACUGUAUUAUGCUUGUCUAAGUGGACUCGCAGGGGCCGCAAGAGAUCUCACGACAGAGGGAGCUAAUGGCGGGCAACCUAGAGGUUAUGCAACUACUGCUGGAUAA